AUGUCUCAACAACCUUCAGCAGGUCAACACUCGCAUGCUCACCCACACCCUCAUCCUCCGCAACCUGCUCAACAGGUCAUGCCUGCUCCACAACCGGACCCAAACAUGCAGGCUCGCAUCGAUGCCGAUUUUAAGCCUGUAGACUUAGCAGUAGGAGGUCCGAGUACUGCAUUCGCUUUCUGCAACACGCACAAGCUAGAAAAGUGCAAGCAGUGCAACGUAGACUUUACUGCUCUCAAUCGUGUCUCGAAGAUUCUUGUUACGAACCCUACCUUGCGCUGUCCACCUCCUCCAAGCGUUGUGCAGCAAAAACUCUCGCAGGCAGUGGCAAAUAUGAAGGACGAGGGCAAUAACCUAUACAAACUCAAGAAGACUAGGGAAGCGCUCUCAAAGUACAAUAUGGCAGCGAGCAUAGCCGUGCAGAGACCAGCUUGGGAAAGUGCCGCAAUACUACGAGAAGAGCUCUCGACUGUAGUAUCCAACCGCUCAGCGGCUCUUCUUGACCUCGGUGACUACCUCGGCGCACUUGUUGACGCCGAGACCGUCAUUUCCGUCCGGAGACAAUGGCCGAAAGGUCAUUUCAGAAAAGCAAAAGCACUCGUCGCGCUGGGCCGCAUAGAAGAGGCUAAAGAUGCCAUCUCUCUCGGCCUUCAGUUUGAGCCCAAUAACACUGAGCUCAGCGGAUACAUGCUCGAGUUAGACAAGCAAUUGACAUCGCGUAACCAGCAAAAUACAGAAGAAAAGUCGGUGCCUGUCACCUCCUCGUAG